CAUCGACGUCUGCAAUGGAUUGCUGGAUAGUUAUAAAAGGGUCCCGGAUUCCUGAGAUCUCAUUGCAUUCUUGCUCAUCAAGCAUUUCCAAGCUGAACUGUCACAGCAGCCGUUCAUUCUCUCUCUGCUAUUCUCUCCUUUGCCAUUCCAGCUCUCUUUUGGAAUUGAUCCAUUCAUCCUUCCUCAGUAUCUUGAUCACAGCUAGCUUGACUACAGUCCUUCAUUCCACAUCUUUCUUCUUUCCUUCAACAUGUACAACCCAAAGACCUUCUCCGCACUCAUGUGCCUGCUCCUCUCGGCUCCUGCAUCGGUCCUAUCGGCGCCCAUAUCCCAGACCCAAACCCUCGCCCAAAGACAAGUCCACGAAGACACCGACAUGGGCUUCAAGUGGGGCGCUGGUAUCCCCGACGGUCCUGACUACAAUGACGCCGGCUCCUUUUCUGAUUCGUCUGACGAAGACGACGGAAGUGACGACUUUGGCUCCGGCGUGUCCCAUAAGACCGAUGCUAAGCAUAGUACGACUAUUGGGAUUCCUGAUGGACCUAGCUUCAAUAUGGGAAAUUACUAUCAUCACUCUGAUCAUGAGAGUGCACCUGAGCCGGAGAAGGAGCCGGAGCCAACCCCGGAACCCCAGCCGGAACCCCAGCCUGAGCCUGAGCCCGAGCCUACUCCCACUCCGGCGCCCCCUGCUCCGGAGCCUACUCCUCCUCCUCCCCCUCCGCCUGCUCCUGCUCCGCCCGCCCCCGCCCCGCCUACCCAUGAGCCUCCUGCCCCUGCCCCUCCCGCUCCUGCCCCUCCUGCCCCUGCCCCAGAGCCCCCUGUUGAAGAAGUGUGCGUUGUUCAAGAGCCGGAGCCAGAGCCGGAGCCGGAGCCUUGCUCGUGCGAGAAGCACUGAGCGUCUCACGGUCUGCAUAUCAUGCCUCUAGUAGUGCGAUAUGACCCCCACUUGUUCUCUCUCAUUGAUUCCUUUUCUUUCUUCAACAACCAUCUCUAUCAUUGAUUUUAAUCCUUUUGCCCUGGACCCUUCACUUCACUUCACUACACUUCAUUUCUGCUGUCUGUCUUCUAUAUUUCUUUCCCACCCCCCUGCCAUCACUUGCCCUUAUCCUUCACCUCCUUCAUCGUCUUUCCCAACAAACUUAUUAUUACAUUCUUCUGCAAAUUCUUGUCUGCUGCUUUUAUCCAACCAAUCAUCCGACAAUUGUCCUUUCUACUGCCUGCCUACCUCCUUUGUAUCGCUUCCACACAUCUCCGCCUCCGUCCCCCCAUCCUCCUUCUCCCUUUACUGCUCCUACCAUCACCAAACAGGCACCCCGAGGAUGCAGGAUGCAGCUGACCUUCUAUUUUCUUUGAUUUGCUUGUUUGAUCUGUACUACCCUACUAUCUAUCUGUCUACAGGCUGGUCUCUACCUCAGCCUUUGUAUUCUAGUUUAUUUAAUACAAUUGAUCAAUGGUCAUA